UCUACUUGUUAUUGUAUAUAUUUAAUCUCUGUUUCUCUAUCUUUUCAUUUGGGGUUUCUCUAAGUUAAAAGAACUUUUAAUUUGAUGUGUUGCCUGUAGUAGAUAAUGGAGUACUCUUGUACAAAUAACAGUCCCAAAAUCAAAUCUUUGUUACUACUAUGUAUUCGCUUUGCAAGCUGACAUUGUUGUUAUUUUCUUGGUUCCUUUUCAUUAUUUGAAAGGUUUUCUAACAAGUAUGGAAAAGGGAAUUAGAAGGGCUUAUGUGAAUAUGUACUUGUCAUUUCCUUAUCAUCUUAAUUUCCUGCUGCUUUAGUUCUUUGAAGGAAGUUUGUUCACUGUAGGAGCCAUUGUGCGCUCUGGAAAAGUUAUUUAGUAUGACAUUCCAUUCUAUGAUUUCCGGGUGAUGUGUAUAGUAUUUGAUUUCCACGGCUGCGGCUUCCCGUCUAUAUAUAUAGACGAGGAUUUGAUGACAAUGUGGAUCAUUCAGUAGAGGCAUCUAAUCAAUUGAAGUUGGAAAUGGUUCACACGAAAGACUGUACUGGGAGCAAGAAGAAACAUUCAUCUAAGGCUGAAGUCCAGAGUUCUUUGAGGCAAGAGAUAAUGCAGCUCGAGAGAAGAUUACAGAACCAAGGCGCAGUUCCAUGUGCUCUAGAGAAAGCAUUAGAAUGUAAAUCUUUCUCACAAAACAUCACUCAUCUCGCCUCAAUGUCUAUGCCAACAACAGAACUGAUUAGAGAAAUUGCUGUACUAGAGUUGGAAGUAGUGCAUUUGGAACACUAUCUUCUCUCAUUAUACCGUAAAGCAUUUGAUCAACAAAUCUCAUCCUUGUCUCCUCCCGUAAACGAUGAUAAACUAAGAUCACCACAAAGUACCCAAAUAAGAAGGUGCCUUGAAUUUUCUGAAUCUGAUGUGAUGGUGAGAAGGGAAAAUUCUUAUGCUCAAUUUGAUUGCCAAUCAGUAUCAAAUCCAUGGAAUGAAACCAAUAGCACGACACAAGACAAAGUUAAAGAACCUGGAGUUCAUCGAAGCCAUUCCUCAUUAACUCAACAUUCAGCUCCGUCAAAUAGAGCUCCCCUAUCAGAGGAAAUACCAGGGAAAGCUUUGCGUGCUUGUCAGUCUCAACCUUUUUCUAUGAUGGAGUAUGCACAGAGUUCUUGUUCAAAUUUAAUCAGUUUGGCAGAGCAUCUUGGCACGCGCAUCUCUGACCAUGUUCCAGAGGCACCAAAUAAGCUGUCUGAGGACAUGGUAAGGUGCAUGUGCACCAUAUAUUGCAAAAUUGCUGAUCCUCCACGAAUAAAUCCGUGUCUCUCGUCACCAACCUCAUCCUUGUCCUCAAUGAGUGCCUUUUCUCCAAAGGAUCAAUGUGACAUAUGGAGUCCAGGAUUAAGGAACGAUUCGUCUUUUAGUGUUCGGUUGGACAAUCCUUUUCAUGUGGAAGGCUUGAAGGAGUUCAGUGGACCUUAUAGCACAAUGGUUGAAGUACAAUGUAUAUAUAGAGAUAAACACAGACUAGGUGAUAUUGAACCGUUGUUGCAAAAUUUCAGGUCAAUUGUUUCUCGCCUAGAAGUAAUAGAUCCGCAAAGGUUGAGUCAUGCUGAGAAGCUUGCAUUCUGGAUUAACAUACAUAACGCGUUAGUGAUGCAUGCAUUUUUGUCAUAUGGGGUUCCACAAAAACAUGGAAAGAGAGUUUUUCUACUCUUGAAGGCUGCCUAUAAUGUUGGCGGUCAUGUAUUCAGCGCCAAUGUGAUACAGAACUCUAUCCUGGGAUGUCGAAUGUCUAGACCAGGACAGUGGCUUCGCUUGUUGCUUUCUUCUAGAGGAAAGCUUAAGGUAGGCGAUGAAAUACAAGCCUAUGCUAUUGAACAUCCAGAACCCCUUCUGCACUUUGCACUCUGCUCGGGCAAUCAUUCAGAUCCUGCGGUAAGAGUCUAUACACCUAAGAGAGUGUUUCAGGAGCUGGAAGCAGCAAAAGAAGAAUAUAUUAGAGCAGCAUUUGGGGUGAAGAAGAAUCAUAAAGUUGUUUUGCCAAAAGUUGUGGAGUCCUUUGCUAAGGAUUGUGGUCUAUGUACUGCUGGUGUGAUGGAGAUGAUCCAGCAAUGUUUACCUGAAUCUCUUAUAAGAAGCAUUAAGAAGAUUCAGCAGGAAAAUUCUCGCAAGAACAUUGAGUGGAUUCCUCAUAAUUUUGCUUUCCGAUAUCUAAUUAUGAAGGAGCUGGUGAAGUGACUACUUUUAUUGUUUACUCUGUGAUUAUAGAGAUUUGAUUAAUAGUAAGCCUCUUUGACCUCCAACCAGUAGGUCGUAGGUUCUUUGACCUCCAACCAGUAGGUCGUAGGUUCGAGUCUCACUAAGGGUAAGUGAAAUUAGCUGUUUAUCCCAUGUGGAAUCAGUGUGGGGAGAGGGGGGAAAAAGUUUGUUCUAUAAGAACUCUCUUUAUCUUUCUUUUUUUCUUUUAUUAAUAGGAGUUCUUUGAGAGGGGACUCAUCUCCUUUUUCUCUUUUCUGUAUAAAUGCACACAAAUUUAGGAGUUGAGACUGGAGAUAUGACUGGAGAAAACCUCCGCUCUCUGUUUUACAUAUUACCUAAUGGGAGAGGAUGGUCAUUGAGAAAGAUGCCUUAACA